GCAGAUCCUUGUUAGUUUUCUGUACAACAUAUGAACAAAGGCCUGCCCCUUUUCAUGAGGACUUCUCUACCGCCAUCGUUACUUUACGUGUAAUCACGAUUACUAAAUCGGAUUACGAUACUUUUAUUAUACACCAAGACAUCAGUAACGGCAGAAAUAGCGUCCGAAAUGGAUGUGGGUCAAAAUGAGACCAGCGGCGAAACCAAAUCGGCCAUGCAUACUUGGCGUUAUCGCCACCAUUUCACGUACAAGGCAGAUCAAGGAAAAAAUAUCAUCGUCCAGUGUAAUCUGUGCCUGCCGAGGGUUAACCUCCUGUCCACGUCGAAGACUUCAACAUCAAAUCUAAAGAAGCAUUUAGACAGAACACAUUUGGGCUGUGAAGCCAGGCCUGAUGCCAAGAGGGGAAGGAAGAAAGAAGAACACAAUGGUGAGGAAAGCAGACACUGCCAACUUAAAAAACUUAAAGCAGAAAUCAUCUCCAAAUGUAUGACCCAAGCGAAGAUUGAUGAUCUUAUCUUCAACUUCAUUGUUGAAGACUGCCAGUCAUUUUACCUGUUGGAGCAGCCUGGCUUCAGGAAGCUGAUUGCAGGUUUAACUGAGGGGCUGAAGUCCAUGGACAGAGUGACCUUAUUUACAAAGGUCGACCAGGGGUUCUCCAAGAUGCGGGAAGAGCUGAUGUCAAAAGUCAGCAGCAUCCAGUAUGUGUGCACCACAGCUGACAUCUGGACAGCCAACAACAGAAGCUUCUUUGGGAUGACAUGUCACUGGAUUGAUCCAGAUUCUUUGGAGAGGAAAUCUGCUGCACUGGGCUUUGCACGGCUGCAGGGCAGGAUCACAUAUGACACCAUUGCUGGGCGGAUACAUGACAUCCAUGUGGCAUACAAUAUUGAAAGCAAAGUUCAGACUACUUUUACUGAUAAUGGCAGUCCUUUUACCAGCGUGUUCAAAGAGUUUGCCUUGGACAGCCAGGAGAGUGACGAUGACAUUGGAUUCUAUGAGAAUGUGAGCACUGUACUCGAGGGAGAGCCAGAGCAGGACAUGCUCCUGUUCCUGCCCUCAGUACAGCGCUGUGCAUCACACACCCUGGAGCAGAUUGUCACUGAAGAUUUUUGGCAAGCUGUGUCACAGGGGCCCAUGUGCCAGCUACAUUACAGCUCAAUGGCCAAGGUGUUUGCCAUAUGGAGCAAAUGCCAUCAUCUUCAAGUAGGUAUGGAUGCCGCUGAGGAGAUAGGAAAGAUGGCACUGGUUGUUCCUGCUGUUAUCCGCUGGAAUGUGGAGUAUUGUGCUGUGCAGAAGAUUGUUUCGCUCACUGAGCGUGAGCUGACAGAGCUAUGUGCCCGUCUGGAGGUCCCUCGUGUGCAGCCAGAGGAGAUGGCCUUCCUAAAAGAAUAUGUGACUGUGUUCCACCCACUCGCUUUUGCGCUUGAACUUUUCCAGGCGGAGCAGAAAUGCUAUUUAGGCCUGGUCAUCCCAACGGUGCUCAGUCUGAAGAACAAGCUGAAUGAGCAGAAAGACGCCGCAAAUUACUUUGGUGAUGUCAUCAGUGCCAUUGUAAUGGCUAUUGAUAUGCGUUUCCAAGAACUGUUUGCCAGUACAGAAGCAAAGAUUGCAACAGCGACGACCCCUCAGUUUCGUUUGUGGUGGAUGGCUGCAUCUGAGCGGGAGGAGAUGUGUGCCCUGCUGGCUACAGAGGCAUCCCAAGUGGAUCUGUGCAAUGAAACCGAGGCCAACACCAGCCGCAAUUUGUCAACAAUUGAAUCUGAGGACGAUUUCUUCAGCUACGGGCCUGUGAAGCCUACCGCUCAGAUCCAGCAGCGGGGGGUGACAGAAGAGGUCCGCAAGUAUGUGGAGGGAACGGGGAAGAGCCUCGAGUGCCUCCAGGACUUCCCUAGAGUGAAGCAGCUCUUCCUAAAAUACAACACCACACUGCCAUCCACAGCGCCUGUCCAGCGUCUCUUCAGUCAGAAAGGAAACCUGGUCACGUCACAGAGAAACUUUCUGACCGAUGACUACUUUGAACGCAUUCAGCUUUUGAGAUACAACAGUAAUGUGUGCUCUUCAGUCACCAAGUAAAUACCGUGCUUGUGACUCUUUAUCUGUCUCUCAGCCUUUUACAUGAUGCAGAAUCAAACCGUGUUGGGCUAAAAAUCUAAGUCAUUACAGUGAAGAACCCUGAAUAAUAUUAACUUUCAGACAACCUAGAUGUGUUGUCUAAUAUUCCAACCUUUACCUGUUUUGAUAAGCAUCACAUAUAUCUUCCAGUCCAGAAUGGCCUAAUUGUAUGUGGAAAAUAUCUAAUUGACAAUCACAGAUGAUAAUGACAUUCAAGGACAGAAAAUACUGAAAAAACAUCUUUCUAUCUGUGCUGUUGUUGUGAUUUCAAGUAGCCACAGGGUUAAACUGAAGUGAUUUUGUCAUUCAUUUAAGAUAGCUUGUUUUUUUCUACAGCUGUUGAAUGAGAAUGCAUCUCCUGUCUGUACGUUUUAUAUAAUCUAUAAAGAUAUAAGGAAAGAGA